UAUACAGGGAGCCUUUACCAGAGCCAUGUGAACCAUUUUGUUCCAUCCAUGAUUGUCAAGACACUCUGCAAUACAGACAUGUGACACAAGACCCAUUUGUCAUCGUGUCCAUCCGGACAUUUUCUUCUCAGGUUCACACUCUGCUGCUAAUGCACAAUGGAAAGAUACCACUAAUCAGUUUUAUGGUUUGUUAUGCUGCUGAAUUCUCAACAUUAACAGAGGACUUUGAAAAUGGAGUACCUUUGGAACACUUGUUGACCUGUAUCCAAGGUGUACGAGUAGGAGUGAGUCGAGACGGCUUCAAAACUGUGUGUUGGGAACAGAGUAAACCACAGCCAGAAACUGGAAGCAGAAGCAGCACUCCUUUGCUACCUCCACAGUUAUUCCAGUUUAGUAAGGAGGCAGUUGAGCUUCUCAAACACACUCCAAGAUGCAGACUGGCCUUCUCAAAGUUCAUUCCCAGCUACCAUCAUCACUUUGGUCGUCAGUGCCGUGUAGCAGACUAUGGCUUUCUUAAGCUCAUAGAACUUUUUGAUGCAAUAUCACACGUGAUGCAGGUACUUGGGAUGACUGAGAAUAAACUACUGACCCUGACCCACCGUACACAGAUCAAACGAUUCUCACAAGACUUACUUAAAGUGCUCAAGUCACAAGCCAGCAGACAGAUGACACUUCAGGAAUUUCCAUCAGCCUACCUUAGAUGCUUUAAUAAACCUUGGAAAGUCACAGAUUAUGGUGUUUGCGACCUUCAAGAUCUACUGACUGAGGUCCCGGAAACAAUGGCCAUGAUAAACUGGAAUGGAGAUGAUACACUGAUCUUCAUACCAAAGCGGGAGCAAAGUAGAGAAGAGCUGAUUCGUAUGCGCAAGUUCAGUAGGGAAGUAGUGGACCUCCUUUCCAGUCAGCCUCGCUACCGCAUUCUCUUCUCAAAGUUCAUCCCAACUUAUCACCAUCACUUUGGACGUCAGUGUCGAGUUGGUGACUAUGGCUUUAAUAAACUUCUAGAAUUGUUUGAGGCAAUGGAGGAUGUUAUUCAGGUUGAAGAACAAGGAGAUGAGCGUGUGGUCAUUUUGACUACUGAGGAACAGCUGGCACUCAUAGCUCGUCAUACUUCAGAAAUGUUACAGAGGAAUCGCCUACAUCUCAUUAACUUAGAUACAUUUAAUGAGAUGUAUACAAGAUGUUACAUGUAUCCAAUCUACAUGAAGGACUAUCAUACCAAGAAUAUGCAAGAGUUGAUGGCUAGAUUUCCACAUGUAGUUGAGAUUGUAAGUGAUGGUUCUAAACACCAUCUGCAUCUGGUAGAGAAUAUGCACUUAAGCCAGUUGACACAGCAGAUAUUAGUGGUACUACUGGAAUCUGAUGAUGGACGUCUAGCUAUCAAGGAUGUUAGCGUAGCUUACCAUAGUGUUUGGGGCCAAGAAUUGAUUCCCAUUGAGUAUGGACAUAGCAGACUGGUCACACUCAUGAAAAUGCUUCACUAUGUUCUCAUGGUUCAGAAUGAAUGGUUGGAUGAAUGCUACAUAGAACUAACUCCUGCCCAUCAGUUUGCACGUCAAGCCCGCAAUGUCCUGAUUGCAGACAAUCGUUUGAGCAUGACAUUUCAGGAGUUGGUUGCUAAAUAUCACAAAUUGCAUGGAGUACAACUACAGCCGGCCAACUUUGGACACAGUGCACUAACUUCUCUGAUUGACACAGUACCACGGGUUCUGUCGGUGGUCAACAAAGGAGCCAAGAGAGCUGUCACUCUUAAUCCAAGCUGCUUAGUUCCUGGUGUGCAGACAGAUACAGGCAAGACACACUCAUUGAGACGACUGAGUGAUCAGAGAAUAUCCUUCAUGAAAGUGGAGGCCACAGGACCAUCCUAUGAAUAUAGUGAUAGAAAAUCAUCCACCUACGCAGAUGCUGCAGUUACUCUACCAGCUGUGAAGACACGACCAGCAUCAGGAACAUCUCUUAAUUUCAACAAGGAAGAGAAUCUAACACCACCAGAGAAACCAGAGAAUGAUGUUGUGGGUAGGAAACUGAACACUCCUGAUAUUUCGAAGGCCCCAAGACAAAUGGUAAAUAGGAACAGAGGGCGCUGUCAGCUUGCUGCCAAUUUUUCAGUGAAAGAAUGUAACUAGUUUCAUUGUUUGAACACAAUCUUGAUAUAUUGAGGGUAACAAUAAAUCUUCACAUAUAUUGGUACUUUUACCUUUUUUGAUUUGGCAGGCAUAUGGCAGACUGUUUGCCUCGACAUGAAAAUGUUCGAAUUUUGCAAAUGCCAGUUGUGGUUUAUUCUACUAGCACUCAGUUUCUAUUUUAAGAUGGUGCACAGUGUCUGGAGUAAUGUUUCCCUCGGACUGCGAUGAUUUGAACGUCAAGUGGGGGGGGGGUGUUGUUCAAGUUACAUUUCUUCUUUCUUCCUAUGUCAUGCAGUGGCGCACCCAGGAUUUGGUUUUGGGGGGGGCUCAAAAAAUUUUUUUUUACAAAUUUGUUUAAAUUUGAAUUUUUUUCAAAAACUUUCGCCCAAAAUAUUUGGCCGCAUAAAAAAAAAUGU